UCUUAUUUGUCACUGAAGAAACAAUAUGAUGAACACAAUUUGGAAGUCUUAUUAUCAAGUUUUAUACAUAUGCGAAGAAAUUGAUUUAAAUUUGACACCCUGUAUAUUGUAUAGUUCGGCACAUUUACAGCCUGUAAAUAAUAUUCGUAUACAGUAACGUAUUACUGUUCAUAUUAUUAUAGUACAAAGUGAUAUUAUCAUCAAAUAUCACUUAACGUUAAUAGAAUUUUAAGUUAAAACAUAGUACAAAAUUAGAUAAUGUUACAUAUGUUCUUAUGAUUUAUAUAGUAUGGUUAGUAAUAACCUAACAUAAUCCUAAUUCUGCAAGAAUAGCAGUAGCAAAUAUAAACAAGUUGAUGUUAUAAAAAUUAAGUUUAGAAAAUAGAAGCAAUGAAUUUAUUGCCAAAAACACACGAAGAAUUUAGCCAAGUUGAAUAUUGGAACACAUUUUUCAAGAAGCGUGGUAAAAAACAUUUUGAAUGGUAUGGUGAAUAUCCAGAAUUAUGUGGAAUACUUUUAAAAUACAUAAAAAUAAAAGAUAAUAUUUUAAUUGUUGGUUGUGGUAAUUCUACCGUUAGUAUGUGUUUAUAUGAUGUGGGUUACAGAAAUAUUACUAAUAUUGAUAUAUCACAUAUUGUUAUUAAACAAAUGCGUGAUAUUAAUGCAUCUGUGAGACCUGACUUAGUUUACGAACAAAUGGAUGCUACACAGUUGUCAUAUUCGGAUGAUACAUUUAGUGUUAUAUUGGAUAAAGGUACUUUAGAUGCUCUUAUGCCAGAUACCAAAGAAGAGACAUUAACUAUCAUUAAUAAAUAUUUUAAGGAAAUUUCAAGGGUUUUACGCAAUGGUGGUAGAUACAUUUGUAUUUCAUUACUCCAGGAACAUAUUUUGAAAAAACUGUUAUCUUAUUUUCCAAAAGCUGGAUUUAUGUUUCGUGUAGUGCGUUGUCACGAGGCUGAAGCAAAAGCACGAAUAGAUGAAGGAAGUUCAAUUCCAGUCUUUGCAGUGAUUGCUACAAAAUUUAUUAAUUCACCUCAAACUGUAUUAGAAGUAGCAUUAAUUGAUGGUCCUCCAAAGAGAUUGUCAUCUAUGGAUGAUAUGGUGUCAGCCAUAUUAUCGGUACAACAGUCUGCGCUAAUCUGCAAUAGCCUUCAAAAGCGUAGUGUGGCUGACAUAGGGGAAAUCUCAUUAGAUUUACAUUAUCCAGACAAUAAACAUCCACGUUAUACGGUCUACGUGUUAGACCAGCCUAGAAUUCGUGGCACAAAAAGUUACGCAGCGUUCAUAGUACCGCAAGGAAAAGAAACAGAUUGGUUAUUCAGUACAAAAGAAGGAAGACAACAAGUUCUAAAAAGUGCUCAACAAGACAGACUUGCAAUUGUUACAUUACGCAGAGAACAUAAGUUUGAAAGUUGGGAUGCUGUAAAAAGUGAACUCGAAGAAUGCAUUUUAAAUUUAGCCCCCGAUGGUUUAUCCGGUAAAAAUAUUCCGUUUCUGUCGUUGGGUUCGGAUGUAGGAGUUAGAACAACAUGUUACGAAGGAAAAAGUGAUCUAAGUGGUCCUUUUGUUGUGGAAGAGAUUGAAAGGGAUGGUUGUGAAUUUAGAAGAUUAGUAUUUUUAAAUAAUCCUUAUGUAAUUCAAAGUGAAGCUCGUCUUAAGCAAGCCAAGUCUAGGCGAGGUAAAAUGAAAAAAGUUAUUGAUCCUGGAUUCCUGGCAUGUGAUCAUCACCUGUACAUGAGUAUCGGUGUUACUGCUGCCAUAAAACCUAAAGAAUCUGAUGAGAUCAUGAUUGUAGGAUUAGGUGGAGGAAGCCUGUGUACAUUUUUGUAUAACUGUUUUCCUAAAUUAAAGAUAGUUGUAGUCGAAAUUGACAAUGCAAUGUUGAAAAUCGCCACCGACUACUUCGGUCUCAUUCUCGACAACAGAAUGAAUGUUGAAAUCGCAGACGGAAUUCAAUUUGUCAAAGACAAUGCGGCGAACGGUAGAAAAUACAAAGCUGUACUUUUCGACGUAGACAGUAAAGAUACUACGGUCGGAAUAAGUUGUCCGCCCAAACAGUUCUUAGAAUCAUCUAUUAUCAAAUCAGUGGCUGAUUGUUUAAUGGAAGAUGGUCUUUUCGUUCUGAAUUUGGUUAGUCGAGAUCAAAAUAUAAAGAAGAAAGUGAAAAGUGAUCUGAAGUCUGUAUUUAAGUCCAUGGCAUGUUAUUCUGUGCAAGAUGAAGUGAACGAAAUUAUAAUAUGUGCCGUAAAUGAAAAUGACAGUGUUAAAUGGAAGAGUAAAUUACAAACAGCUGCCACAACUUUGAACGAACAAGUAUCCUCAAGAAAGUUACUAAAUAAUGCAGACACAUUUGACUUAUCGUCUUUCAUGGAAAAUUUAUCCAUAGAAUCAUAAAUAGAAUUUCUGCUGGAUGGUGCUAAGAAUUUUGCAUUGUAUUAUUGGUAAAAUAAUUU